AUGAACGCGGAAAAUGACCAAAGGGAACAAGUUUUAAAUCGCAAAUGCUCCAAAAGAAAUUUUGAAAAAUUGAAAUCAUUCGACAGUGUUGAAUUGUUAAGCAACCUCCCUGCAACGUCUUCGAACAAGAGGAGUAAAGUAUUCCACUCAGUGGAAAAAAGUGAAGAUAAUUUUUUGCAUGAGUCAUGUCAUUUUGAUCUCUGUCAAAGAGGCAAAAGAAAGUUGGAAGAAAAUCCCCAUGAAAUAGCGAAAGAAAAAAAAAAAAAAAAAUUUACCGAAAUUGAAAAGAGCUAUUACAGCUUCGUGAGUGACAACAAUGAGGGCGCCAUAUCGAACUGCUUAAAUGAGUUUGCCUCGGAAGAGCCCAACCAAAAGAAGCAAAGCGCAUACGAGUUGCACAAAAAUGAGGAGGACAUUACCCCCACACACACUGCCAUACCGAAUGAUGAGUUGUCCAAAGGGAGGGAACUCAGCCAAUUGGCAAUUAUUCCUUUUGAAGGGGAGUACGCGAACAGCGCAUUCAAUUGCAAAUAUGAGAGGAGCAAUUGCAGCAGUCAUGGCAAUCUCCACAUCGGCAGUACCGCACGAGACAGAAAUGACGUGAAAAAUAUUUUCCACCUCUUAUCCAAAAAAGACAUUUUCUACAAAAAUUUAAUUAAAAAUAAAAUCAAAAGUAACAAACCACUAAUGAUCAAGUGCGACAAUUUAAGUUUCUUUUUAAACAGAAAUAACUGUGGGGGUAACUCCUCUCCGAAUGAGUUCGUCUCGAAUGUUAAAACGGCACACUUUGCUAACGAUGUAAUGCCAUCCUCUACAAUAUUUGAUGACACAAACGGUGAACAGAAUUUACACCAUAUGAACGAGGAAGAAAGUGUUCCGCUUUUUUUCGGAUCGCUUAAUGAAGAUUCCCCCACCACAAACAUCAGAUCGAACAACGCAGUUCCAAUUUUAAGCACCCCCAAUAAUGCACAAGCCGAUAUGGACAAACCCUUUGAUUGUACCAUUCCGAACAUGAACGUGAACAUGAGCGAGAAUGCUGUGACGAAUAUCAGUCCAUACCCCUCCAGUUAUUCCCCCGAUAUUUUGAACCCAAAUGAUGGGAAUUAUUUCGCCUCAGAGCAGAUAGCGCAAAAUAAUGAAGCCCGUCUAUAUAACCAACACGAUUGCACCAAUUAUUACAUUCCAGAGCAGAUUGAUAAUUUUAAUACUGCCAUUAUGAGCAAAAAUCAGAACAACUCUGAAACCAUCGGCCACGUAAAUUCGUUGAGUGAUGUUGGAAAUUAUUAUCAGGCCAAUGAUUAUAAUGCUUACCAGUGA